AUGCUUCCCCCUCGACAACCAGGAUGUUCUACCCUAGCACCACCGUCAGGGUCGGACGGCCCAAAGGGCAGUGGACGAUCUAAAGUUGCAUUAAAGCCAGGCCAUGGUCCAUUAGAUUGGCAACAGUUACAACAAGAUAAAGGGAUGAAAGGUGAGUUAGUAUACGGAGUAGGGUCUCCUAUUCCACCUUUCAGGAUACAACCACCGUUACGUGUAAAUAAAGAAGCGUUGAAGGCAAAUAAAGAUAACUUUUGGUGUGUUAUCAAUAGGAAAGUGUACUGCAUCAAAGCAUAUUUAUCAUACCAUCCUGGUGGCGAAGUGAUAUUGAAACAGUGCGCGGGUAAAGACGUAACGUCUUUGUUCAACAAAUACCAUCGAUGGGUCAACUACGAACGGCUAUUGGAGACGUGUUUUAUCGGAAUGUACGUUGGAUCUGCGGAAAUAUAA